CCGCUGGCAGCCAGUCCGCGCCCGUCAAAGAGUCAACGGCACGCCGUCGUUGCCGCCGCCGCCGCCGUCAGUCAGCCAAUCCCCUCGCUCGGACGCGCGCGGCACGCGCUACGCUCCCGCCGCAGUCAACGUCAACGCUACUCGUCGCGCGGCGCGCCGACGGACCGGGUGGCUCUCGCCCUUCACUGUCGACGGAAGAGCCGGCGGGUGCAGACGGGACGCCGACGACGCGCCGACUCAGUCGCGCGCGCGCACUCGCGAGACCUCAACGCAUCCCUCGGCUGGGACCGUGUGUGUUCGGGUUUUUUUACGCCGCCGGAUUACGUAGACAAAGAGUCAUCGGAGGAGCGAGGGAAAACGUCGAACAUUGGACUCUGGAGCCUUGAAAGAAUAUCCUCAGCACCAUGUCCAUCAUAAUGCAGUACGUGGACCGGUUCCACGAGAUCCUCGAUAAAAACGCGGAUGCGCGGACGACCAAUUGGUUCCUCAUGAAGUCGCCUUUCCCGACGUUGUUCGCAUGUCUGAGCUACGUCUACAUAGUCAAAGUCCUCGGGCCGAAGCUGAUGGAGAACCGGAAGCCCUUCCAGCUGAAGAACGUCCUGAUAGUGUACAACCUCUUCCAGGUGAUCUUCUCGACGUGGCUCUUCUACGAGUGCCUGAUGGGCGGCUGGUGGAGGCAGUAUAAUUUUCGCUGUCAACCGGUGGACUAUUCGAACAGCCCGACGGCCAUCAGGAUAGGAUUGUCCGGAUGGCUGACGGGGGAGUAUUCUCUCAGGUGUCAACCGGUAGACUACAGCGAUCGGCCUGAAGUACUAAGGAUGGUCCACGCCUGCUGGUGGUACUAUUUCUCCAAAUUCACGGAAUUCAUGGAUACGAUUUUCUUCGUGCUGAGAAAGAAGAACGACCACGUGUCCACACUUCACGUAAUUCACCAUGGUUGUAUGCCGAUGUCGGUGUGGUUCGGCGUUAAAUUUACACCUGGCGGCCAUUCGACGUUUUUCGGGCUGCUGAACACCUUCGUCCACAUCGUGAUGUACACGUACUACUUCCUGGCCGCAUUGGGGCCCCACAUGCAGCCCUACCUGUGGUGGAAGAAGUACCUGACGGCUUUCCAGAUGCUGCAGUUCAUCGCCAUCAUGGUGCACGCGUUCCAGCUCCUCUUCAUCGACUGCAACUACCCCAUGGCGUUCGUCUGGUUCAUUGGCAUGCACGCGCUGAUGUUCUUCUUCCUGUUCAACGAGUUCUACCAGCAGAGCUACAGCCAGAAGCAGUCGAGGCUGAGGGAGAAGUGCGCGGCGGCGAACGGCGUGGCGAACGGGAAGGAGAGCUCGACCACGGCAAACGGCACCUGCAACAACAGGAGAAGGGAUGCUGCGGAUUACUACGUCAAGGGGGAGAGUCUAGCGGCCAGCGAGUUGCACCUGAGAAAGUCUCGGUACUCGUCGGUGACCGAGUGACCGGCCACCCUCGGGUCUCGCCCAUCCCCGGGGACACCGGACGAGAGUCCUGCCGGCGCUUGUCCUCCUCUUAAACACGCUCAAACUCUCAUUUCUCGCAUAUCUCUCGAGUAGGGAAGGAAGUCGAGGGCCAGACCCCUCGGCCUUCGGCCCUCGGAACGUCGCCGGACGCGCCCCGAGUCGAGUCAACGAUACGUAUGCUGAGAGACGCACCCUACGUGUACCGGCAACCGAGAACAGUGCCGGGCUGUGAUAUAUAAAUGUCGAGGUACUCCGCGUUUUUAGAUACUUUUCUCUCGGUCGGACUUUGCGUCGGCAAUUUAGUUUAGGUCCGGUGCGCCACUACCUUAGGUUAAGCCGAAACCGCUGGUACCGAGAUUAGGGGCCUGGACCCAGAUCUAGGGUGCUGGUUUCCUAGCCUAGGUCGGUGGCACCAGAACCCUCGCCUUUGGUCCGAAACACCAGUACCUGAGCUUAGAUCAAGCCGAGAGAGCAUCGAUACCUCAGCCUGGGUUGGGGGCACCGGGGUCUUAGUCUAGGUCGGACGCAAUGGUACCUCGUCUUCCCUGCAUUCGUGAUACGGAGCAAGAAAGUGUAACGCCGAAUGCACGGAAGUCGUACUUUUAGUGUUACCGUCUAUCGUUCUCUACCGGAAGUCGAACAAACGCGCCAAGAUUAAGGGCUCAGGAGCUUGGAUCCAGAUCUGGAGCACGGGUCUCCAAGCCUAAAUCGAGGACACCAGAACUUGAGCCUAGAUCAAACAAAACUAACAUCGAUACCUCAACUUAGGUCAGGUACAUUGAGACGUUAUUGUUAGUCUAGGGCGGGGACGCCAGUACCUUAAUCCUGACCGGACGCAAUGGCACUUCGUCUUCUGUACACUCGUGAUAGAGAGUAGUAAAUUUUAGCGCCGAAGGCACAAUAGUCCUACCUUUGGUGUUACCGCCUAUCGGUCUCUGCUGGAAAUCAAGGAACCGCGCCAAGUUUAAGUCCUCGGAUCCUGGAUCCAGACAUCAAACCAGAUAACACCAAAAGCACGAUGGUGGGUUAGACAAAGUCGUGCUUUUGGUGUUACCAGAAUUUUCUAUCAGAAUUCACUACCGCACCGGAACCUUGACCUAGGUCCGAUCAUACGCCAACUAUCCCGGGGCCAACCAACUAUUCCAAUCUGGACCUAGAAUCCGGAUGAAGGGAUACGUUCUUGUAAACGCACAAGUCCGAAAUCGGGACCAAGCGGGACCGACCAUAGACGCACAUCUGUUAAGAUAUCCUCCCUUCACCAGCACCUACAAAAACCCCAUUGAAAUGAAUCCCACUUAAGCAUAAAUUGACCUUCACCUUGAACACUUUCGCUCCCAAAAAUCCAGAAAAUGAUCUUCCGUCUUCCUGCAGAUGUUACCUCGUCUUCCAAACCGUCGCCAUUAGGUCGAUCCCCCUAAAACUCCAGAAAGGACAACCGAUUUAGGAUAAAAAGUGAAAUCCAAGAGGCGAGAUAGCGCGCUCGGAUGUACGUAGAGACACAACGACAUCAGCCUAUUAUAUUGUACAUACGUAUGAUGCGUAAGUGUUGACGUUUACGACGAACAUCACCUAUUUUGAGACUCGGGCCGGACCGCCGAGGACUGGCGCAGAUUUUAUCGCGACGUUUUAUCCGCGAUGUCUUUACCGAUCGCGGUCGUCGAACGACGGCCGUGCUUCGAUAUACAUGCGUCCGUCUUUUGUAGUCCUUAUGGCUCGAGUGUCCUGUACAUAGGUAGGCUAGUUUUGUACCAUUGUAAUGUCGAGGUGUGACAGUGCCAAGUGGCUAUCCGUAGUCCUCUGGCUCUCCGCCUCGCUGGCCCUCCUCCAGGGCCGCCAACCCCUAAUCGAUCUUCGAAUAAUGUUAAUUUAUAUACACCUAUACAUACGCACAUUAAUGAUUCUUUUAGACGCGGCUCUGUACAUAAAGGUUUACCGUAGAGAGAAUGUAGCUCACGUGUGCGCGAAAGGGCGGGAUGUCCCAAAAGCAGGCUAACAUUGUACACCGUAGAUCGUUUAUUCGCGCGUCGCCAUUGAUAUGCGGCGUCGCUUUAUGGCGGUUCUUUGCGGGUUCAUGGGAUCGCCGUUCAGCUCCCUGUGGACAGAAAUUAAGGGCGUUGAGAGAAGAUUCUCGAGUGACUUUGCACGGGGAUGAGAGAAAGAGUUACCGAUAAUGUCGCCUAGUCGUCCUUAUUUUCGCGGUAACGCUCCCAUGGACCAUUGCCACCGUCUCGUGCAUACUGUAAUGCACCCAUUAAGGCGAUGCGAAAGUGGCACUUGAGGAAUCGAAUCGUUUAUGAUACUUUAUUCCUAAGGGCAUCGAAUAGUUUGACAUUUUACCACGUGAAUAUGUAGACUCUGAGGAAGGUCUCGACACCCAUGAAAUUCCACUUUUUACUUAAAAAAAUAAAUAAAAAAUUGUUUAUAAUGAAAUAUUGAAAAAAAAAUUGAUAUUUCAUGAGUGUCCGAACCUUUCUUAGGGUGUCCAUGUUCACGGGGUGAAUUUUCAAACAAUUCGGUGCACCCAGUUUGGGAAAAAGCUUUCAUAAAGAAAACCCCUCAGGUGCCUCUUUCCCUAUACCUUAAGGCGAUGUGAAAGUUGUUCGUUAAACUUUUCUGCAAACUCGAUGUACCACAUAAACGUGGAGGCCAAAUGUCAUGACACUCGUAAAACUUCACUUUUUAUAGAAUGAAUUAAAAAAAGUAUCUAUAAACAAAUUUUCAAGAAAUUGAAAUUCCAUGGAUGUCAGGACCUUUAUAAGAGACCCCGUACUCACGUGGUGAAAUUUGAAACGAUUCGGUACACCUACUUCGGAGAAAAGUUUUAUAAACGAGACCUCUUCGACGCCUCUUUCGCAUUGCCUUAACGCGCUUUUCUGGUGUUGGUACAGGGCCUGUAAAAUUAUGCCACGUGUCAUUGGUGAUUUAGAUGAGCAAUCUUAGGGUAGGAACGCGUAUUGGCAAGAUCGGUGGACGUGGCUGAAGUUUGAAACGUUCUGUGGAUGUGUCUUUUCAUUUUAGACGCUUUUUCUAUAAAGUUCGUCUCGCUCGUACCGAACGUUCCAAGUUUUAGUCGUACAGUAGAUUCUAAUAGUCGAUGAAAAGAGAUAUCCGAUAUUUUGAGUCUUUUGACACAUCCCGCGCCGCGAGAGGGAACCGCCAUUCGUGAAGUUUUACCGCCGAGGUUGUAGAACGUACUUUAUUUUAUAUAUACAUAUAUACAUAUAUAAAUAGGCGUUGGCUGUUUAGAUAUUAAAGGAUCGGUUAAGAGAGAAAAGAGAAAAAGAGAGAACUUUCCCUUUAAGCGGCGGAACUUGACGUUGUCUUGUUGCAAGCUUUCCACCGUUUUGGGAUGAGAAACUGCCAGCUCGAAUUAUAUGAUUCGAGGCUUCCAAAUUUGUCAAUACAUAAUUCCUCCCCGUUAUCCCUUGCUGUAUGAGCGCGUAUGUGCCUUAUGUAAUAUCAAUUAAAACACUUAUGGAAACGUG